AUGCUCACCAACAAGGUCGUUGAGCUUGAGAACAGCGGCAGCGAGACUGAGGACGUCGAUAUCUUCGAGCAGUCCAUCUUCACCAUCUUCGCCGAAGCGCGCAACCAGCACGGCGAGCCUGGCCACUAUGUCCUCUACAAGUCCGAUGUAUACGGCGACAUAAAGCUGCGCCUAUCAGACCCGGACAAGGAGAACAACAGCCUCUUUUCGCACUUUCUUUGGAAUGCGGGUGUUCAAGCUGCUGAGAUGAUCACGGAGGGCGAGUUUGAUGUCAAGGACCAAACGGUAGUUGAGAUGGGGGCGGGCGCGGGGCUGCCAAGUAUCAUAUCGGUGCUUGCAGGAGCUAAACAGACGGUAAUAUCGGACUAUCCCGCAGACGAGAUCAUUAGUAACAUCAGCCAAAACAUCGACACCAACAUCACCUCCCCACCCGACCGCCAGCGGGUGUCCGUCGCCGGCCACAUGUGGGGCGAGCUCAGCGACGAUCUGUGCACGGCGAACCCGGGCGGGUUCACACGGGUCAUUGCGGCCGACUGCUUCUGGAUGGACUGGCAGCACGAUAAUCUGAGCAAGUCGAUCGCACAUCUGCUGGCCAAAGACGGAGGGCUCUGUCUCGCAAUUGCCGGGUACCAUACCGGGAGGGCAAAGGUUGCAAACUUCUUUGACUCUGCGGAGAGGGCCGGGCUGGAGCUAGUGGGACCCAUCAGGGAGAGGAAUACGGAGGGGGUGGAGAGGGAGUGGGUUAGGGAUAGAGGGUUUGAGGACCCAGUGGAGAGGAAGCAGUGGUUGGCGAUUGGGGUGUUCAGACAUAAGUUGUGA